CGUCACAAGUGCUCCGGUCAAACGUCACGCUCAGCCGAGGACGAAAAGGAUGUGUGCUGUGCGGUGUGCAGUGUCGCGUUUUGUUGGAUGACCUGCUGAGCGCUGAGGCUUUGCCACUGGGUCACUAUGUGCGGUCUGGUGCUUCGCGCUUGUUGUGAGCUGCAGCAUUAAAAGAUUGAGUGGUAUCGCAUAUCGUCGCCGGCUCUAAAUGGCAACCGCUGAACCUCGGAGCGGCGACAGUGAUGUCAGCUUCAGAAAAGACGGACGUUUCGACUGGCUCUCGUGCCAAUGGAUCGGCGGGCUCGAAUUGCAAAUGCGAGCCCGCGGCCGUGAUCGUCAAACCGUCGGUGCGGACGGCGUUCAAGCAGCGGAAGUACACGAUUCUCGACGGCCUGUGCGUGCUUUGCUCGGUGGGCAGCUUUCUGUUCGACACCGGCUCGGACAUCUGGGUCGCUUACCGACACUACAAGGACGGCAGUUACUGGUACUUUGGGUUGACAGUCGCCUUCAUCAUGGUGCCCGCAACGAUCAUGAUGGGCUUUAGCUUUAGGUGGUAUUUGCUAGAUCUCAAGCAGCACCAGAAGCACCCGUCCAAGCUUCAGUGGUUCGUGAGGACUGCCUUUCACUUGCUACAGCUGGGACAAGUCGUCAGGUAUGUGGACGCUCUCAUCUAUGGCCUUAAGAGCGCCCGCAGCAAGUCGGAGCAGCGCGAGUUCUACAGACGGAGUGCGGAGGAAGACGUCGACGCCAGCAUGCUGCGGCUCUUUGAGUGCUUUAUGGAGGCCACGCCGCAGCUGAUUCUGCAGAUCUGCAUCCUUGCCAGGGACUACCCGCAUCGGGAGGAAGACUUUUGGACAAUGGUGGCACAGAAUGUGUCCAUCGUGACAUCCCUGGUGUCGGUGGCCUGGUCCCUGGCCUCAUACAACAAGUCACUGCGGCUAGUCAUUGAAGACAAGGCCAACAUGCGGUGGCGUGGCGCGGCCGUCUACUUCCUCUGGCGCCUCUUUGUCAUUGUGCCUCGAGUGCUGGCCCUGGGGCUGUUUGCCUCUCUGUUCCCGCUCUACAUGUUCCUCGUCUGUGGACUCCGCUGGCUGAUCAUGUCUGCCUGGAUCAUCUCCAUGAAGACGCAGUUCUAUGAGAACAGGGUGGAGGAGCUGGUGUACAACCUGGUGCUCGGUGUGGUGUUCAUCUUCUGCUACCUAAACCCAGUGGACACUCCAACUCGGUUUCGCAUGUCUGCCUUCUACGUGGGCACCUUCCUCGAGAACAGCGUCCUGCUCGGUGUGUUCUACGUAUACAGUCCACCAGACAUCUGGUACAAGGUUCCUGCAGUGCUCGGUGGAACCCUCUGCUUUUUUCUUGGCAUCACCUUCAUGGUGAUCUACUAUCUUCUCCUCCACCCUACGGCCAGCAUUCCACUGGUGCUGCGUCGUAACCAGUGUCUUCCGUUGCCACGGGCGCAGAUCCACGAGGAGAUACUCAAGGCCAACUCACUUGAGAACGACAUGGCCAGCCACCUCGAAUCUCUCACCACACAGUCUCCGCCCAGUGAAGACGACUGCAGCUGUUCCUGCAGAACAGACAGUAGCGCACAUGACAGCCACAAUAAGGUUGACAUUUAACCAAGAGUGCCAAUUAGGUCAGGGCCAUUGGUGGAAAGUUUGCGUUGCAGUGACGGAAUAGUCACUGAUAAGGUGGCUUUUCUGUAAAGCUUAGUUGCCUAGUGGCUCAGCAUAUGGAGAGAUUUUCACAAAAUUUCACGCAAUAGAAUUGACUUGUCCGCCUUCAAUACUUGACUACACAAUGCUUGACUUGUCUGCUUUUUCGAAAUGGAACUGCCACAUAGCCCCACAUGGAAGGAGUUGGAUAACACCAGCAAGUACAAAACAAGCCAACUUGCGACUGGCUGUGUCUUGACAUGGCUGAGCCAGAGUGGUUGCCUCAUUCACAGAAACGUGGCUUUUUUCGCCUCCUAAAGUAUUCCCAUAACACAUAUCUGUACAAUGUUCAGCACAAUUUCCUGAAUGUAAUGCACCUUUUUUUCUCUGUUUUAUAUUUAGAAACAAAGAGCACGCAAUUUUUUUUCCCCUACAAAUUUCACUUUUCACAUUGGCUUUUGCUCCACCAUCAUACGAUUAGGCUUUGCAGAGAAACCACCUUGCCAGUGACUUGCAUCACUAAAACGUAAACAUGGUAACGUCAAAAAAGAAGUUUGGCUGCAGUGUGCGUGACAGUAAUGAGACGGACCUGUUAUCAACAGUCACUGCAACGACCUCAGCAAUGUAUGACGCAGUCACCGAUGACAAUGACCGUCAAUUUAGUAGCGGGUGCAUUGAAUGGUUCCACUAGUCACCAUGCAGCAAACACUUUUGGGGGCGGCCUUGUGCCACUAUGUUUACGUUCAAUUCACUGAUGGAAGCAGCUGAGUAUAUCCGUGCCACUGUAGUUCCUUGCUGCUGUUGCUUGGGCCAGAGUUUCAGGCCGCAUGCAGUGUUUGACGACGACGGUGUUCGAGAUGAAGGAUGGUUGCCGCGUGUCUUUCUCUUAAGACCCCCUUGUACAGCCUGUCGUGUUGUGGGUCAGCACCUAUAGCCUGCCGAGUUUUUAAUAACAUAGCUCGAGCGUCGACCGCAUGGGAUGUCAGUGCCUCAUGACGGUGAGAAGCGGCGAGAUUGGCAAUAUUGCAUGCAUGCACACAAAGCACUCUCCAGUGUAAGCGUCGUCUGCUACGUUAUUCGCUUCAUGAGUGUACUUGCCCUAUUUUUGUUAUUUGCGAGGCCCUGUCAUUCACAGACAAUGCCUCAUAUGUGCCAAUAACUUCCCUUUCUUGUAUUUUUUUUUUAGUUCCAUGGCACAUGCAUGGGUCCAGCAAUAUGAAAGAAAUAUGGAAAGCACAUUGCAGAUGUCACAUCAUAGCCAUGGAAGUGCUGUUCUUCACACCGGAUCUUUUGUAAACAAGACUGCGCAGAUAACCCUGGCAAGGUGUGUGUCCUUCUGAAGCGAUAAGGGUAGCAGAGGAUGCUUGCACUAAAGUGUGCUUUGCAUGUAUGCACCUACUAUCACCGCUCUCAACACAUCUUGCUGGUAUAAGCCGCCGAAAUGCUGCAUGGUCGAAGGUAUUAUUAAAGAUCCGGGAGGCUGUACUGCUGGAUUUGCUGCCACUUCGAACGCUGCUAGUUUUAACAGUUAGAAGCAUUAGUUGCACUCAGAUAACUCGUGAUUGUGCCUCAGCUUUCUUAUUGCACUGCACUCACUUGCCACUUAGUUUAUAUUUAGUGAAUUUCGGUGCAUUCAAAACUCAGUGCAAUGAACCACAACUUGCACAAACUGCAAAUGCAUGAUAAAACCACUUUUUUUUAUUAUUUAUUUAUUUCCUGAUCCGAAUUCAAUUGAGCACUGUGUGCCCUUUUCUGCAUUUUAGCAAGGGGAUCUUGUUUUGCAGUUUCGAUUUAAUGACGUCUGUGCUAAUCACUUGCACGUGCAGGCACUCACAAAAGUUUACGGGACAAGGGAUUUGUGAGAAAACUGAAUUCCCGUGUUGCCUGGGCCCAUAGCCUUAAAUUUAAAGUUUCAGCGUGUGUCCUUGUGACCUGAACAGUGAUUCAUUAAACUAGGCGUGCCAUGCUUUAACAGAGCGGAGAUUCAAAUGUAUCGUGGAAUCCGUGUCCCGUUAACUUUUGUGGCCAACUGUACCUAAAGCUUUUGUGAAAGAGAGAGGGAGAAACGUGGUGGAAAGGCAGGGAGGUUAACCUGCCUUUUGUGAAGAGUACAAAGGCACCAUUGGGCAGGGAAUUCAUCAUUUGUGCACAUUCUUAUGCACACAAAUAUUGACAGUGUGGUAAUUUUUCGCUGCUGAGACACGGAGACCUCGACCUAGUGAAAUUUGCAAACACUAUUAACAAAGUUCUUCACUGUGAGUAUAAUUUUGUUGUAGUAUUGAGGUUCGGGUCAUGUACUCGUUAUGAGGUGCUUUAUGUUGAGGCUGUAAGUAAUUGUUGAGCAUUGCUAGUAGUAUGUGCCCACACCUAAUCCUCGAGAUUGCCUCGUCGUGAAGUGAGAGCGUCCGUUCAUUUUUUAAACUUCGUAGAGAAUUAGAAAAUUUUGAUGAGAGCCAGUAACCUCUGAUGAUGGGAGCUACUUGUGGUUUUGAGUUUGUUGGCAGCUCCUAACUAAAGAACGGGCGAUGGUUUGUGUGUUUAUAGCUUGGUAAAAGCAGUCUUUAUGGGUAUUCAUGGAUCAUGUGUAACAAGCUACACUACAUUCAGGUUCAAUAGUGCAAUGCUUGUAUUGCAACUAGUACUUCAAAGUAUAAAGCACUAAAAAAUGUCACCUAAUGGGAGUACGAGUGAAAGUAAAGGUACUUGAGAGUCGAUGCAUUUACAGAAAUGAAAGCUAGCUUAUUUUCAGAUGUCAUGCUCUAACGAUUUUGCAAUUGGGGAUACGUUUUUCAUAUUUCAUGGUGAUGUCAAUGACACAUCACAUUAUACAUGUGAUGUGACAUUACAUGACAGAAGGAAUUUUUUUUCACUGCCUGCUUGAGAAGGCUUCGAUGCCCAAAUGAAGUUCUUGCAGAGUGUGGCUUUGAAGGCAGCUGUCACAGUGAAUUUUGUUGUAAAACAAAAGGAAGCGGUCUUGUUCGCGUCGCAGUAAUGAUUAGAGAGUUUUAGCAUACCACCAUUGCUGCCACUUCAUGCACCUGCCAGAUCUACAUUUGUUAGCUAAGAUGCAGCCAGCGUGAGCGAGAUGCAGCUUAGCAAGUGCGUGCAAAGUUGGCAUGCAGCGAGACAGUAGCAGUAAUGGUAGAUCAGUAGCGGCGUGCUAAAAAUCUCUAUUCAAAGGUCACGGAUGCCCAUAGUUAACUCAUCUUGCACAUUAUUUUUUCCUUCCCCAAAUUGUUGAAAGAACUCCCAACACUGCACAUUACAUCUGUGCAAAUACGCUUGACCCUCAAUAUAAUGGACACAGAUAUAAUGAAUUUUUUUCUAUGUCGAAGUAAAUCAAACUUUUCUUGUUGAUAGCAUUAUGUUCAAUGAAUACUGAACAUAACGAGUAUUUUCAUGUCAGGAUGUGACUUUGUUAUAACGAUGUUUGACAGUAAUUACUUAGCUGACACUGGAUGCCAGCUGAAGGGUGACUUCCAAUGCAUUGUGGUAAUUAGGUGAAGUUGGGUUUUAAGCAAUUUUGGGAGUCCGUUGCCCAGAACUGGCCAUCUAGUCAUCCUCUAUGGCCCUGAGUUUGCUAAGCUUUAAAAUCUGCUUAAUUUGUUUUGGGUGUCUCUUGUAUCUUUUUUUCUUCUUCUUUCCACGAUAUAUAUUUUAACUUUUUUGCUCCGAGUCUUGAGCUUAAAGUGUUUUGGGUGGUUACGUUAUGUAAGUUUUGUUUUGCUACUCAUUGCUUAGUUGAACAAACAUUCUUGAACACUUUAGAAUACAUUUUAAGGCUUGGAUUUAUAUAUCAGAGGAGUGUUUCUUGUCAGAGCAUUUACAUAAGUGGAAUUGAUUCCACAGAAGUGGCUUUCUUUAACACAUUGUUGAACACAGACAACGGUCUUCUGAUAACAGUGGCGAGGACCAUGUGGGUGGAAGUAGCUUUCUUAUCGUCGUUUUGAUAGCAGUAAAUCCACCCUUAAUGACUCUUGCCACGAAUUUUUCAUUUUUUUAAUGUGCGUGUGUGUGUGUGUGGAAUAAUCGGAGUGCUAAGAGACAUACGUAUAGUCCAAGCCGUGAUAACAAGAGAACGCCCGGUUGCAAUCUAUCUUGGAAAAGUCGCCAAGUUAUUUCUCUGUUGACUAAUAAACCAAACAAUACUUUGUUUAACUGAACACGAAAGGAAGAAAUGCCACUGUAGGUUCUCUUUGAGCUGAAGAUAAAGGAACAUUGGAAGUUUGUUCAUGGUGCCAGAAGUUCAUCCUAUGUUGAAUCAAUGGAAGACUAAAAGGUCCUGAACAGCUGAGCCUGCUGAACAUACUGUGUAACAGAGGUCAUCCCAAAGGGUGAUUAUUAAUGUGCCAUUGAACACUGUGCUAUACAGUAGUAAUACCAGUAACAGUUUGUUUGGCUUGUGUGUGAUGACAAUGUGCCAAUAACUGUGUCAUUUGCAUAUUGUGUUUGCAUCAACACAUGCCUCUGUAUUCAAGGGUGAUUGUUAAUGUUUCAAUGCCUGAAGUGUCUCGACAUUGCCAAACUAUGCAUAAGAUUGAGGAGCAGAGCGUUGAAACUCACAAAAAUGGGUUGCCCAGAUUUUCUAGUUGACUAGUGCCACUGCGUACAAGUGUUGUUCUUGCGUAAUUGUUUCUCUAUAUUUAGGUUUGUCUAAGGGCACUCUGUGUAAUUUGUUAUAGCUGGUAGUAGUGUUAGGAGAGGUGUAGAAAUAAUAGUAAUUUGUCUACAAAAGCAGUGCUGAUAUACUUAAUGCUUCACUGUAGUACUACUUAGCCAAGAUAGUUAAAUGCACAUUUGUUUUGGCCAACUUGCACGGUAUCGAAUUAGCUUAUCUUUUCAGUCGUCUUUCACAGCUGCAUGAACAACUCAGUGAUAGGUUAUUAAGAACCGAUCAUUUUUUGUUGCGUUAUGAUGAAUGUGCUGAAAGAUCUCCAUUUAGACACAAACCGAACUGCCAACAAGUGUUGCCAAAGCAAAACAGUGCAAUAUUGUAUUUGUACAGGUAGCUAUUCACUUUGGCAAUUUUAAUAAUACAAAGUGCACAGUUUUCCAAGAAGUCACACAAUCUCCGUGAAACAAAUAAAACAAACAUGCCACAUGUGGUCUCACCCCUGAUGCAGGCCUACUUAUCGUAGGAUGCAAUUGUUCCUGCAAUAUGUAUCUAUAUCUGUGAUAACUGAGAGCAAUUCCAACUGUUAAAAAAACUUAGAGCAAGUGUUUAUUUGUUAAAUUUAAAAGACAUUUGUUUACCUAGUUUUUAGAGGUUUUUUUGUGUCUGUUGUGUUUGUUGCCUUGUUAUAACCUUGGCAUUUAUCUGACACACAAGGUACAGAGAUUUAAUAAAUAGCUUUUGUUAAACUU